UGAUUACUUUAAUUAAUCAGUAUUUAAAGCCCCUGAGUAAUCACCGCGGCCAUAUUGGAAUCGUGACGUCAUAGACGAGAAAUGACACAAUAAAGUUUAUGACGGUAGUUUUGCAAAUAAAAAGAUAUUUGACUAAAAUAACACUUGAUAUGGUUAAGACACUUAUGGUUUUAAGACACUUGUGAAAAUGGGCUGCUAUCCUUUCCCUUCCUGAUAGUCAAUAAAUAGCUGUAAAAAGCAUGUAAGAUGAAGCCUGUUCAGGCAGAAAACACACGAUUUGACAGCUGUUGAAAGAAGUGAAAAAAAUGCUUUCACAUAUAAUGUCCGACGAUAAUUUUAGCUGUCGCCUAUUUUUACGAAUCUGAUAAGUACGUAACAAGUCAUAUCUGCACAUCUGAUUAAGCACAUAAUAACGAAAAUAGUCGUUAUAAAAAAUUUCGUUGUCCGCACGUUACAGAUGAACAAGGAUGUAUGAGCUUCUUUUUUUCACCACAGUACGUCGCUAUCGUCAACGCGGAGUUCUUCACUGAGUAUUCAGGGGUCUUAAUUUAUUGAUUUUGAUGGAAAAAUGUUAGCUGAUCUCAAUUCGUUGAUUUAGCAAAUUUAUACGUGUAAUUUUUUUACGUGCAUUCUUUAUACGAAUUAUACGGUAGGUACAAAUGUGGCAAAAUGAUGUGUGCGUGCGCGCGCGCGUGUGCUGUGUGUGAGAAAGAAUCUUAUCGGAUUUCUGUAAUACAUCACAUGUAGCAAUAGCAAAACAGAGCCAACUUAACAUCGAUGAUAUGAUAUAAUGAAAUGAUAAUGAAAUAUAUAAUACAAAUCUCAAGCGACUUUACUUCUUAAAAUAUAAAUUUAUUAUAUAACGCGUAGCCAUACAAGCUGAUGAGGCAUUAUUACAUCUACUGUGUAAUGAAACAAUUAUGGAAUACAAUGUAAAUAAAGUAAACAUCAGCAUGACUGAUAUGACUGAAAAAACAGCAAUGGAAGUGGAACUUGAAAAACCGAUUGCCAGUGAUAGUCUGAUUAUUAGUGAAAAUAGUAGCGUAGCACCAGUGAUAAUAGAAGAAUUGGAUGAAAGUGCUAUUAGCUCAAUGAAUGUAGAUAUAAAUGAGUUUGUUGAAGCAAAGGCAUUACAAAUGAGAGAAGUGACAGAUAUUGUUCCAAGUUGUACAUUCUCUUCGUCGCCCAAUUCCAAUAAAGAUAUCACAGAUAUGGAAGAUCAGGAUGUAUUGCUGACCACUGAUGAGGAAGAUCGCUUAACAAAACAAUUUUUAAAUGGCGAAUUGACAUUUAGUGAAUAUUCCUCAAGAAUGGAUCAGGGUACAGAUUUGGAAAUGAUAGAAACUGAUGCAUCCAGAAGGAUAAGUGGAUUUGAAUAUGUUCCUGCACAAAAGAUUAUAGAACAAAAGUCAUACAAAACAAAUAUAAUGCCACAGGUGCGUCAAAAAAAGAAAAGACGAGUUUUACCUCCUGUUUUGCAGGGACUUAUGGGAGAAGCGAACUUAAGGUUCGCAAAGGGAGAGGUAGAUUUAGCAGCACAAAUAUGUAUGGAGAUUAUUAGGCAAGUACCAAGCGCGCCAGAACCAUUUCAGACAUUAGCUAUGAUAUAUGAAAAUGAUCAACCAGAGAAGUCUUUGCAAUUUGCUCUAAUCGCUGCGCAUCUUAGUCCCAAAGAUGCUGAUCAAUGGGUAAGAUUAGCUACUUUGUCAUUAGAAAGUAGCAACAUAAAACAAGCGAUAACAUGUUACUCCAAAGCGAUUCAAGCUAGUCCAAAGGAUAUAAGUUUAUAUGAGACGCGAGCGCAUCUUCAAGAACAGAACGGAGAUAAAAAAGCAUACUUGAGAGGCUAUACAAAACUGAUCCAUCAAUUGGAAACCGAAGAUGGUGAAUAUAUAAUGAAGUAUGCAAAAAUAUUGGCCAAACGUUAUAUGCAAGAGAAUAACAAUGAACAGGCAUUGGAAGCAAUUGAAACUAUUUUUGCCAAAUGUCCUGAUCUUAUUACAUUAGAAGAGGUUAAUAUCAUGACUGAAUUAUUAAUAGCGCUGAAACAAUUUAAAAGGUGUUUAGAUGUAUUAGUAAAGUAUACAGAUAUUCAAAUAUUAUAUAAAAAUAAUGUAGAAGAAGAACAAAAGAAAACAGUUAAUGGUACAAAGGCCGAGAAAAAAGAAGAAUCUGGUAAUGCAAAAGGAAAAGCUAAAUCUCCAUCAAAAAAUCAAAAUAGUGAAAUAGAGUCCUAUAAUGUACCGGAUAAUGUGGUUGUCGACUUAAAAGCGAAAUUUCUCAUAACUCUCAUCGAAUUGGACUAUAUUCCAAUAGCUGAAAAAUUGCUAUCUAAAUUUUACAUGUACGAGAAUCCAGAAAUUUCUGGAGAUCUCUUUUUAGAUAUAGCGGAAGCAUUAAUGGGCAAAAAAGAAUUUCGGCGCGCCAUGCUCUUGUUGGAUCCAUUAGUUAAAAGUUGCAACUAUAGCUUAGCUGCAGUCUGGUUGAGGCAUGCAGAAUGUUGGGUUGGUUGCAAUGAUUUCGAUAAAGCCAUAAAGUCUUACGAGACUGUUCGCGAAUUGUCACCUCAGCACUUAGGCGCGAGACUAGCUCUAGCCAAGCUUUACAAAAAAUCAGAAUGUUAUAACAAAGCGAUAGAAGUUCUUUAUCAAGAUCCUGAAUCUGAUACAUUAGAUCCUGAUGUUCUGUAUCAAAGAACACUACUACUUUUUAAAGUUGGAAGAUACGAGGAAUACUUUACGUCAGGAAUGUUACUUCUCUCGAGACAUUGUGUUAAUAUAAGAAGAAAGGAUGAAUUGAAUGCAUUGGCGCGUGCAACAGGUGUUCGCCAACGACUUGAUAGCUUACAACUUCAUCGUUUGUCAUGCGGGGAAAAAUUGGAGGAUGAAAAUGCUCCUACAUUUCUCGUUAAUGUGAAACCAAGCGAGAAAAAUGAAUUUUUACUUUUUCUACAAAUGUGUAAGCUAGCGUGUAAAUUGAAAAAGUAUGGUUUUCUUCAAAGGCUAUGUUUCACUGCUCUCACAUCAAAGAGAUUUAAAAAGAGAAACGCUCACAUAAUUUUUUUGUGUUUAAUUUCUUGCAUUCAUAACAAAGAUUCAUACUAUGGAUAUAAUAUCGUUAAAGAAAUCGUACGAGAAUUCGUACGUGUUCGUCAGAAAUCUAACUCAUGGAACUUAUUAAAUAUAAUUAUUCAAAGAGCAGAAGAUUUGCGACAUAACAGAUUCAUAAUGCGAUUACUUGAGAGAGAUGUGUUUUCAUAUUUGCAUAUUAUGCAUGCAAAUAAUUGUCUUGUUUCGGGAACUUAUAAAUAUGCUUUAAAUGGUUACAUGUCUCUCUUUAAAGUCGCUCCUAGCGCAUUGUUAGCAUUGUUAAUAGGUGUGACGCAAUUACAAAUGGCAUGUCAAAAGAUGUCAGCUAAGAAGAAUCAACUUGUAAUUCAAGCACUAGCCUUCUUCAAAAAAUAUACUCAAUUACGUGGUAAAGAAGGCCAGCAAGAAACUUAUUACAAUAUGGCACGAGCAUUUCAUCAAAUUGGUUUGUUACCAUCCGCAAUUCACUUCUACAAGUUGGUUCUGAAAGAAGAUGCAGGAGACUUGGUCAAACAACAUGCAAAUCUCUUGGAUUUGAGAAAAGAAGCAGCUUUUAAUUUGCAUCUCAUCUACUUGCAAUCCGAAAAUUAUCUUCUUGCUAGAAUGUAUCUUGAUGAUUAUAUAACAAUAUGAAUUAAAACUGAAAAGUUCAGUCGAUCAAAC